AUUAUUAUUAUUCCCGCCAAAUAAAUAGUUUCUAAACGAGGUUACAGACUAUGAAAGAUGCGGCAGUGUGCGCUGAGAGUCAGGAACCUGCUGAAGAAGUUACUUCUGCUAUUUGUGAUGAACAGAACUGCGAACGGAGCCUCUUUCUAUGGCGAUGGAUUUGUGCAGCUGAAAACCGUGGAGUCGUCGAGUAAAAACUCGCUCCACGUGCGAUUUCGGACCUCCAGCACAGAUGGGCUGCUCUUCCUGGCUGCCGGAGAGACAGACUUCCUGUGGGUGGCGCUACAGGCUGGUUUUAUCCAGGUGCAGAUCGAACUCGGAUCAGGUGAACGCACCCUUCGCUCAGAGAAAGCAGCUCACCUGAAUGACCUUACCUGGCACUCUGUUGAACUCCAACACGAUGGCCACAAUGUUAGUCUGACUGUCGAUAAAGGCUCCCCGAGCCGUCUGGGGAUGCCUGGACCUGACCUGGAGCUCAGCAUUCAGGACGGACUUUACGUCGGUGGACUUGAGAAGUCGGAUAAGCUCUAUCUUUUCAGCGCUACAGCUAUAUCUCACGUGGGCUUUCGUGGCUGUCUGGAUGAAGUAUUAUUUAACAAACACAAUUUGCUCUCAUCUUUAAGGCCGUACUCUGGAUAUAAAAUGGUCCAUGAGGUGUCUUUGGGCUGCAGCCCAGAGUUUUCAGCCUCAGUGAACGACUCCAUCAGUUUUUUCAGUUCCAAAGCGUACGUGUCUCUGCCGAUGUGGGAGGUUCCUCAGGAAGGUGUAUUUGCGUGUGAGUUUUAUACAUCAGCUGAAAACGGACUUCUCUUGUACAGCUCUGCAGGGAAGGGGGACUACGUGGCUCUGGAGAUACGACACAAGCGCCUUGUUGCUGCAGUUAGAGUAGAUGGCAGUAAGAUGGCUUUGAGCUCCAUAACAUUAAUUACUGGAGAAGAUUGGCACUCAGUGAGGCUCUAUAUAGCACCUCGGACUCUUCAGUUAACCCUUGACGAGGAGAUCUUGAAUUCCAGCUUCGGUGCAAAAUCAAGGGCUCUCCGGCUUAACGGCCCCCUUUUCUUGGGUGGGGUGGACGCGAACACGUUUUUAGAAGUGCGUAGAAAUGGUCUGCUCUCUGUAAUUCCAAAGCACAGCAGUGGUGGCUCCUUUAAAGGUUGUCUUAGAAAUAUCAGAGUCAAUUACCAUAACCUUGGCCUGGCCAAUGCUACGGUGACCAAAGACGUUUCGGUUGGUUGUGAGCCUGUGAAACAUGUUAAACCGAAUACCACGACAAAUCCAGAGACUUUUCCCCCGGAGAAUCCUCAGUUAGACAAGACGAAGGCGCAGGCCUUUUUACUUCUCAAUAACCUGGAAGUCCUCGAGGGUGGACGAGCACCUCUUGAGUCAAAGCACAUUAAAUUCAAUCUGGAAUUUCACAAGCUUGGGAUCCGGCAAUCCCAGAUCAUGUUUCGCAUCGAGGAGCAGCCGGUCCACGGGCAUCUGAGGCUCGAUGUUGAUCCUGAUCAACAGGAAAAUACCUUUAGUUUUCUGGAUCUGUGGCAUAACCGGAUCAUGUAUGUUCAUGGAGGUUCAGAAGAUCCUCAGGACUUCUUUAUGUUUUCUGUUUUCACCACCAGUACCAAUAAAGAGGUGCCUGGUUAUUUGAAGGGGAGCCACUUGCACAGGUUUAACAUCAGUGUCACACCUAUAAACGAUGCCCCAGAGCUCAGCCUUCCAGAGGGAAGCCUUUUUAUUGUUCUAGAGAAUUCCAAGCGACAUUUGAGCAUGGACAUGUUAAGAGCUACUGACCCUGAUAAUAGCUACACAGAGCUUGUAUUCUCUUUACUCGGUAAUCUAAUUGCUAGCGCUGGAUUCUUGGAACUUGCAGAUGAUCCAGGAAAACCUGUGACUUCAUUCUCCUACUCAGACUUGGAACAGGGGAAGGUGUGUUUCGUCCACAGAGGCAUCAAGAACUCUAGAAUUGCGAUCAGAGUGAGCGAUGGAGAAAAAGUGAGCAAUACGGUCGUGCUGAGAAUUAUGGCUGUCGCCUUGGAGUACAAAGUUGUAAAUAACACCGCUGUGGAUGUGAUCCAGGGCCGAGCUUCUUACAUCGAUAACAGACAUUUAGCUGUGCAGGUGAAUGUGGUCAAGCAAGCCGUGGAUAUCCGGUACGACGUCGUUGACCUGCCUGUCUACGGUGAGUUGCAACGGCUACAUUCCAGUGGUGAGUGGAAACAAACUAGUACCUUUACACCAAAGCUUCUGGAAAAGGAUCGUCUCAGGUAUCUUAGCACCUUUCAUGGUCCCCAGUCGAUAAAUGUAACCGAUGAAUUCAAAUGCAAAAUCAGCAUUGGUUCUGUGGCUACGGACGAGGUUCUUGUUCAUAUAAGUGUCCGAUGGAUUCAAUACAAGGUCACCAGGAGUAAAAUGGAAGUAAACCAUGGUCAUAAAGUCACACUGACAACUCAGGAGUUUAAAAUAGUCUCCAAAAAUGUGAAACUGUCUGAGAAUGAUAUUCACAUCUGCUUGCUGACUUUACCAAGGAAAGGGCUUUUGCUUUUCAAUGGCAAGCCCCUAAAAAAGAACUCUACUUUUAGCCAGAUGAACAUCACUGAUCAAAAAGUGCAGUAUCAACUUUAUGAAAAGCCAAACAAAAACCUGAAGGACAUGUUCAGCUUUCAGGUGUUUUCAGAAUAUUCCUAUUCCGGAAGACAUGACUUCAGGAUCAUCAUCAAAGCCGAUGUUUACAGCGUAGUUCUGAGAAAUCAAGGACUUUCCCUCCUGGAAGGUGAGAGUAAGGUCAUAACUAAGGACAAUCUUUUCAUUGAGAUGCCUGAGUCUGGAGCUGUGCAGUACACCAUCAGGAGCAUCCCACGACAUGGGAAACUAAUCCGAAUCAACAAUGCCAACAACAGUAUACUGGAGUUUACAGAUGAGGACAUUCUUGAGGAACGCAUCUUGUACUCUCAUGAUGAUAGCGAAACAACACGUGAUGCGUUUACCUUUUGUGCUUUGGCAUCUCAGAGAAACAUUGAAGGCAUUUUUAACAUCUCGAUCCAGUUAGUGAAUGAUGAAAAACCUGUUCGUGUUGUAGACAAAGUUUUUGACAUUGUGCGGGAUAGCCAAAGGCUCCUGACCUUGGAGGAUCUUCGUUACCAUGACCCUGAUUCGGACUACGAUGACGGACAGCUUCUUUAUACCAGACAGGGAAUCUCGAUUGGCGAGCUAGUAUUGGUAAAUGAGUCCUCUCACAAGCUCUAUCAGUUCCAUCAAAGAGAUCUGGAGGAAAAGCGAGUGCUGUUUCUCCACAGAGGUGCAAGCUUUGGACGUUUUGUACUCUUCGUAUCUGACGGGAAGCAUUAUAUAUCUACUCUACUUGAAGUAAGCGCACAGGAUCCUUAUUUAAGGGUGGCUAACAACACUGGCCUUCUAGUCCAAAAGGGACAGGAAGCCGUUUUACAAUCAGUCAACUUCAGUGUCACUACUAACACUGAUGUCCGAAGUGACGAGGAUGUCCUUUUUGAGAUAUUUUAUCCUCCAAGUCAUGGCAUUCUACUUUGUGGUGGGAUCGAGGCUGAUGCUUUUACGCAGUAUGACGUGAAGGUGGGGCAUGUAAUCUAUCGCCAUGACGAUGAGAGAAACCUUAUGGACUCCUUUAGCCUCACAGCUACGGUAAAUGGGCUGCGCUUGGAUGUGACCGUGGUGGUGAAUGUUUACCUCGAGAGCCACCAGAAACCUCCACAAGUCACCCACAACCACUCCAUCGUGGUGGAAGAAGGGAAACUUGUUAGAAUUCGCAAAAAGGAUCUUGAGGUAGUUCAUGAGGAUAACAAACCAGAUGAGAUCAUGUACACCGUGAAAACACCUCCAUCACAUGGCUUCCUAAAGCUUUCUAACAUGAACAGUUCUAACAUCAAAAAGUUCUCACAGUUGGACAUUAACGCCGGUCACCUCCAGUACGUCCAGGAGAAACCCGGACACACCAGCGACUCUUUCUCACUGGACGUCAAAAAUGGGAUCGUUACAGUCAGUAAUCUGAUGGUGUUUGUGGAUAUUGUUCCUUUCUUCCUACCGCUUGAAGUCUCAAAUAUUACCUUGACAGAGGGAUCUUCGAAAGGUCUAAACCAAGAUGUAAUCAAGGUUGCAGGGCGGCACUUUACAGGACUUCACGUCCAGUACCACGUGAUCGAAGGUCCACAUCAUGGCCGUAUAGAGCACUCCAGGAUUCCUGGGGUUCCGAUUCCAUCUUUCACCAGGGUGCAGGUUGAACACGAGUUCAUAUCGUACGUCCACGACGGCAGCGAGACGACAGCAGAUAGUUUCACUCUGGUCGCAAAUGACACAGACGUGCGCAAGCAGAGCGUUCCCCGUGUCAUACACGUGAGCGUCAUGCCUGUGAACGACGAGGCUCCAGUUAUAACCGUCAACAGGAUCCUGAGGGUAUGGGUGGACUCUGUUACUGAAAUCACCGGUGAUGACCUCAGUGCGAUUGACCCUGACUCUGACCCUGAGAGCCUAGAGUUUAUCAUCACUCCGCCCAGUAACGGACACCUUGCCCUAAAAAGCGCCCCCUCCAGGCCGGUCCUGAACUUCACGCAGGCUCACAUCCACCGCCGUCAGCUGGUGUUCGUACACAGCGGUGCCAUGUUUGGUGGAUUUCAUUUCCAGGUGAAUGAUGGAGUCAAUUUUGCACCCAGGCAAAUUUUUAGCAUCGCUGCCCGAUCUCUGACACUCAGCCUGGAGAGGAACCGUGAACUCAAAGUGUUUCCAGGGUCUUUCAAAGUCAUCUCCACAGAAGAUUUGUUCAUUGCCACUAAUGACUACGAUGACGUUCAUGAGAAUCGCACCGUCGUCUAUCACGUUACCUCACCGCCAAAACUGGGCAGGCUGAUCCAUGCCCCAGGCAACGAUCCCACCGACACAAAUCCGAUAUCUACCUUCACUCAAAACAUGUUAAAGGACAGUUUGGUUGUGUAUAAACACACUGAACCGAUAGCAUGGACAGCAAGUGACUCCUUCAUCUUCACUGCAUCUUCUCCUCCUGCCUCCUUCCCACCUCACACUUUUAACAUCCACAUCUCCUACGAUAACACAAGCCCGCAGCACAGGAGCGUCCUACUCGCUAACACAGGAACUGUUGUGGUCGAAGGCAGUCGGGUUAUGAUCGAUAACACUAAGCUGGAUGCCUCAAAUCUGAUGGGGAAGCUACCUGAUGAAGAACGAGAGUCCUACGAGAUCUGGUACCGAGUCACUACAUUACCACGCUUCGGGACAAUCGUUGUAGGUGAACGUAACCUGACCAGUGAGAAACCUGACUUCUCCCAGUUCAUCCUUGACAGAAAUGGCAUCACUUAUGUGCACGAUGACUCAGAGACCACGUUUGACAGUUUCAGUUUUGAUGUGUGGUUAAACCCUAUCGGGAAUCCUGUUAGGCAACCACAUGGGAAAAAUGUUAUGGUGUCAGAGACUUUUGAUAUCACUGUAACACCUGUGAAUGAUCUGCCUCCCUUACUGAAAACUCAAGCCCCCAGUCUCUUGGUGGUCAAAGGAGAAACUGUAGCUUUAGGUCCCGAAAACCUUCACGUGGAAGAUCUGGACACUUUACCAGAAGAUAUCCACUACACUGUGAUCAGCAAACCUAAUAACGGCUUCCUGGCCCUUGAAGAUAGGCUAAAUGAAUCAACUGUUACGUUUACCCAAGCUGAUGUGAAUGAUGGAAGGGUGCACUUUGUUCAAGAAGGUCAUCCUACCUCAGGGAUAUUCUACUUCAGUGUAACCGAUGGCUUCCAUCGUCCCCUCUAUAAGCUCUUCAACCUUGAAGUUCACAAUAUCACAAUCAAGGUUGUAAAUAAUACUGGAUUGACUCUGAUGCAAGGACUGACUACAGGAAACCUGACCCUCCAGCACUUAGCUGCAGUAACAAACAAGAAAAACUCACCCAUUAAGUAUAUUAUUACACAGCAGCCAAGUCAUGGCAGGCUCUUGAUUAAGGAAGACCAGAUCACACAUUUUGACCAGGAGGAACUUUGUUUGGGGGAGGUUUCUUAUCAAAUGACUGAUUUGUCCUCCUCUCGAGACAGCUUCAAGUUCACAGUUGGAACUUCCGAGAGCAACCUGACCAAUCAGGUGUUCAAUAUCACAGUGAAGCCGCUGAUACACCUUGGAAAACAAGUCCGUAUACCUGAUGGUAUUCCUGUUAAGAUAAGAAAAGAUGUUUUAGAUGCCAGCGAGCUGGCAUCCAUCAGUGGCAGUGACCCGAUUUUUGAGAUCAUUGUUCCUCCAAAAUAUGGCAAGCUAGUAAAAGUAACAGUGAAUCUCGGAGCUGCUUCAGACUCUAUAGAAUCGUUUACCUUUAGAGAUGUUGAACAAGGCAGAAUUGCCAUCCAGGAGCACCUAAACUUUCUCUCUGUACACGGUAACACAACGGCUGUGGUGCAGAACAAAUCUGCAUCUGCACUUCAUGACUCGUUUGUGUUUGUUUUAAAAGCUGCAAAUGUUCAGCCUGCCACUGGAGAGUUUGUUUUCAUGGUUGUACCCUACGAUCCAAUGACAGGCAAACAUGUCAUUUCAUCUGCUCCAGUGCAUCCAACCAUACAUCCUUCUCUUAACAGAACAAGUAAUGUUGUUUCACACAUGAAUGAGCAUUCACCUGUUCACCCAACCAAAAGACCAGACUGGGUACCUCCAAAAACCAAAACACGAAAUCGUUCUGGGAACCACACACGAGGAAGGUCCUCAGUAUUUCAUGCACCCAAGUCCACAUCAGGCAGACACAACGAUCAUCACAGAAACACACCAAUCAGGGUAGAGUCUUUGCCAAGACCUGCAUCUGAUCCACUGCUUAUCAUUCUACCUUUCCUGGCCUGCCUGUUUCUUAUCGUCAUCCUAGUUGUUUUAAUCCUAGUUUUCAGGCACAGGCAAGAGAAGCGAGCUCAGCCACCCAUGAUUCAAGACCUUUCAGAGAAUUCUGUAGAAGACAUUGUGUCUCCAACCCCUUAUCUGGGCCUGCCUGAGAGAAGUCUAACUGUUCCUUCUGUUGUAGUGACCCCACUUAUGCCAAGGUGUUCUAGAAGCCCUGUUUUAGAGGCAGCACGUGAUGGGGCCUUAGUACCUGAAAUAGCACUCCCUGACUCUACAAUACUUGUUUGUCCCUGGACUCCCGUUGAUCCUGAGGAAACACCACAUUCCUCUCCUGGUUCACCAAUUCUGAGACCAAAUCAGUACUGGGUUUAAAACUGCAUCUUCAGUUAUGAAAUCAUCUGGCACUCUUAAUGGGAUUGAUCUUUACCUACUGGCAAAGUAGCCAGUCCACUUACCACCAUGUUUUGUCAGAGGUGGGAAGAAUUGCAUGGGGAGAACUUUCUUUUCAUGGGAUGCUGUGGAACCUGAGCUAAAUCUACAAUCCGUUUUCUGGUACACCAAUACUGAGGUGACUGUAUAUCUUUGAGCACAGAAUCAUCAUUUAUGAUUAUUUCCAAAAUUACUACUUUUUCCUGGUCAGUAUUGAGCUGGAUCUUGGGAAUACAAGGGCAAAUUUAGGACUAUUCAGCAUGUUUGAAGAACCGAGGCUGCAUGGUCAAAUCCAUCAAGUGUUUUUGGAUCUCAGGAUUAUGAGUUAAGACUGGAAUAAACCCUGGAAAAGAUACUGACGUAAGGCAGAAAUACACUCUGAAUAGGAUUCUUGUCCACCUAGGAGCAAUUUAGUCUGGCGAAGGUGUGAAAAGUCCUUAAAGAAAACCCACGGAAAACUCUGUAAGGACAGUAACCGGAUGUUAAACAUGUGGUUUUUUAAACACUUCUAACUUCUCACUUGUGUGAAAUUACCCAACCCAAUUACCCAAUUCUUUUAGAACCUUUUUGAGAAAUUCUGUUUACCAAAUGUUGUGCAUCCUUUUAUUCUUAUACCCAGAGUAUUUGAGCUUAGUCAUCUUGUUAAAGGUUAAAGAACUGCAUAUUUUGUGACCAACUAAGAUGUUACAAAAAUAUUAUAAUUUGUUGAAUGGAUUUUCUAAUCUGAUUACAGAAAAGUGAAAAGUUUUGUUACUGUGGUUAUAUUUCAAUCUUCAUGAUCUCAGACGUGUUACACUAGCUUUGCAAACAUACACUAUAUGGACAAGAGCAUUGGGACACCUAAGUUCUCCGGCCAUAUGCGUUUCUUUCACAAACCUGCUCCAGCAUGACAAUGUCCCUGUGCACAAAGCCAGCUCCAUAAAGAUACGCUUUACAUGGCGUAUCUCUGUCAUCAACCCUAUCGAUCAGCUUUGGGAUGAAUGUGAAUGCUGACUGCACCCCAGGCCUCCUCACCUCACCUACAUCAGUACCUGAUCUUACCAACAUCCUUGUAGCUGAACGAAUCUCCACAAAAGCUCCACAAAAUCUAGUGGAACAUCUUCCCAGAAGAGUGGAGGUUAUUAUAAUGGCAAAUGGACCUCAAUGUAGAAUGGGAUGUUCAAAAAGCACAUACCAAUCUUAUGGUCAGGUGUCCACAAAUUUUUGGUGUAUAUAUUUGCACUGCUCAUUGUGUCUCACUGAACAUGGGGUGUUUCAUUUCAUGUAUAUCAGAGCAGAUAGGCAACAGUUAUAUAUAUUUUUUGUUACAAAACCAAUUAACAAUGCAUUCAUCUUUUUUUCUGUUUAUGGUUACAUCUACUGUUGUCAUUUUGUCCUCUGUCUCACUUUGCUUGCUUUCGAAGUUAAUAAAACAAACAGA